GCGCCUAUUACAUUCUGGCCGGCCUUUCGGCGGCCUUUCUUUCAUCAACCGCCAGUCCAGCGCCAGUCCGUGUGUGUGAGUCGCUCUGGAGGGACAGCUUUCGUUUUCGUGCAGGCUGCGUUAAUCUUUUGCACCUUUUCUUAGUUUUUGAAAUUCGUUGGAAGUGAAGAAAAAUGCCUGUCCCAGAGUUGCAGAAACCAGCACCCGAAUUCACGGGUACCGCUGUUGUAAAAGGCCAGUUCAAGGAUAUUAGUUUAUCGCAUUACAAAGGAAAAUAUGUGGUUCUUUUCUUCUAUCCAUUGGACUUCACAUUUGUGUGCCCUACAGAAAUCAUUGCAUUUUCUGAUCGAGCUGCUGAAUUCAGUAAUAUAAACUGUGAGGUCAUUGCAGCCUCUUGUGAUAGCCACUUCAGCCACUUGGCGUGGAUCAAUACUCCUCGAAAGAAGGGUGGCUUGGGUGACAUGAAUAUUCCCCUGUUGGCUGAUAAGUCUGGAAAAAUUGCCAAAGCUUAUGGAGUAUUAAAUGAAGAAUCAGGUGUCCCUUUCAGAGGAUUAUUCAUUAUUGAUGCCAAUCAAGUUCUUCGUCAGAUAACAAUAAAUGAUCUUCCAGUUGGUCGUUCAGUAGAUGAAACUCUGAGGCUUGUUCAGGCAUUCCAGUACACUGAUGAGCAUGGUGAAGUUUGCCCUGCUGGCUGGAAACCUGGCAGCAAGACCAUGAAGCCAAAUCCUGAUGAAAGCCAAGAGUACUUCAGGUCUGUCAGUGAACAAGUUGAUUCCAUGUAACGUGUAAAUUCAUUUUGUGGCAGUGUAAGCUACAUGUAACCUUAAAAGUAUGUUUCCUUAAUAUUUAUAUUGAAAUGUUUUGAAUGCUGUAUGUUACACAUGUAAGUUCAUUAGUUCCUUCAAUUGUAAUUCGUUGAUCCAAAAAUUGUGAAUGCUAAGUAAGAUAAGUUAAUAACCUCAUGACUUAUAAGUGAUUAAAUAAAACAUUGCAUUGCAUCCUGUUCAAAAUGUUGCUUUUCUACCACUUAAUUCCUUCCCUUUAAUAUAAUUUGAUUUUAUAGGUCAGUCAGACUGCUACUGUAAAUUCAGUCCUUAGUGUCCAAUAAAAUUUACAGAAAUGCUUGGAAGUAUCUUGAAUUCAUUAGUGAUGUGAUACAUUUUUGUGUAAUUGUUCAUGCAUCUUGGGUAGGCUGUCAAAUUACUAUCUGUAUUAAAAUUAAGUUCACUAAGAAAAUGUAAAAUUUGUCAAAGGUGGUUGCUUGAGAAAAUUGUUUAAAUUCGUUAUGAAAUAAUACUUAAUUUGGGAGCUGUUGUGUUUAGUUUGCUUAAUUGCAUAUUUUGAGUAAAUUGUAAAGAAAGUUUAAUUUCCACAAAUUCCCAAGAAUUUCCUUUAUGGUUGAUGAUCAGUUAUUGAACUUUAUUGAUGAAUUGCAAAUAGGUUAAUGAAAUAGAAGCCUGCAUUAUUUGGUUAUAUUUAGUGGUUCACUACUAAUCAUGCUAUUGCACUUUAAAUAAGAUUGUGUAAUGCUGCUUAGAAAACUGAUAGUUAAUGAUUGAUGCUUUGAUGUAUAGUUUGUCAUAGUAAAUUUUGGGGAAAUAUGGCACCUUCAGUGAAUGAUCAAUAAUUGUACCAGUUAAACGUUCAGGGAAUGAGAGCAGGGAUAUUUGCAACCAGCUAUAUAAAGUAGCAUUAGGAUAAUUAGUAAUGUUUGAAGAAUUUUUUAAGCUAGGCACUAGGUAGGUUCCACUAAAGUAAUGUGAAAACAUCACUAGUAUGGGAAAAAUGCAUAACAAUGAAUUCGGAAGUUAUAUAUUUAUUCCAUGAGGAAUUUCCUGUGCUUAGGAUAGUUUUACAAUUCUAGUACAAGAAGUAUUGUUAGAAUAGAUUCAUCUAAACAAUUUACUUUCAAUUAUAAAUCAUAUGAAGACAAAUUUGAAAAGGCGAACAGAAUUAGUGGGUAAAGUAAAGUUGAAAUAAUGAACUUUAAUAAUAAAUUUGGCAGCUCUUGAGUGAAUUACAUGUGUGGAAAAUAUUUAAAGUGAAAAUUCUACUUCUGUGUAUGGGAGAAACCAUAUUGUAGCUAACUUGGAAAUGGUAGAGACCUUAACAAGGUAAUAAUGCUAUCCAGAAUCCAUUUUUUGAGUUAGUGAGUGCUGUGCAGUCCAUUGUAAAAUCUUUUAACAUGUUUUACAAAUCAUUUUAAAUGUUACUUCUUUUGUUACAAGGCCUUGGAUCUUAAUCGUUGAAUCAUAUUAACAUGGAUAUCAAAUUGAAAAUUAUGCUUAAUGAAAUUAAUAUUACCAUAUUAGUUAACUAGAUGUAUGAUUUCCACAUGUAAGGUUCAUAUUAGUGUUUUUGAUGAAUGUUGAUUUUGUAUACAUUGUGUGUGUGUGUUUGGUUCAGUAUUACUCUGAUGGAUUUUGUUUCUUUCUGUUAAGUUUUGUGACAGGUAAGGGAUUGCUAGGAAAGGAGUGUUUAAUGGAGACAUGAUAAGAGAUACCAUUUUCAAAGCUUCAUAUGAUUGAAUAAUUAAAAAAUGGCAAUAUUUGUAACAGAUGGCUCAUUCUUUCAUCUUUGAAUUCAUUGUGGAGACGAGGAAAUAUCUGAUGUGAAUGUGUUACAUCUUAUUUCAAGUUUUCCUCAUGGGAGGGGAGGCUAGCGAUAAGUAUUCACCUUACAUUAUAUUCAAAACUCAUGUAAAAUUAUCAUAGAUUAUGAGCAUUUAUCAUUAUAUAACUACUUCACUGAUGGAGUUUAGUUUAUUAGCGGUAGCACUUUCACAGAGUAUAAUGGUAGUUAACAUGUUUACAGAUGUAAAAGUAAACUUUAACUCUUACUAAAAAGUUGUAUUGUUCUCCAUCUUUGUGUUCAAUUAAAAAUUUCAGAUGAAUAGAUUUCACGAUUAAAGGUUUUG